AGCGGAAAAUGCGUCUCUACAAACGCGUAAAAAUAACCAGGAAACCCGCACCCGGCGCUGGCAACACCGACGGAAAGCCGGGAACUGGGCUCGAGCUUCAGUCGGUCGCCGGAUCUCAAGCGGCGUAGUCACGCCGGAUCCCACCGCGCUCAAAUUCCGCCAAAAUCGAACACCGAAUUCAAUAAACUGACAUAAAAACAAAGGCCGUAUUCCAAAUUCGAAUUGGUUUCUUUUUUCGCAGUUUCUUUUUGUCGCGUGUGGACGUUUGUAAUUUAAAAAUGGAACUGGGUUAGGGAUGUGCAUAGGAUCGAGUGAAAACGCGUUAUUAAUAAAAGCCUGUUCAUUUCAGAUCGACUCCGUGCUAUGUCCGUGCGCAAGAUAGUGAGAGUGAAGUGCGUGUGAUGCGAGGCGGUUGACCUCUCUGCCCUGACACCGAAGCGGAACCCUGGCAAAGAAAACCGUCAGGAUGGCCGACCCUGAUGCGUUCGAUGACGAGAAGCUGGUGGUGGGCAACGCCACGCAGCGCAACUGGCGCGGCAUCCUCAUCGCGCUGCUGGUGAUCGUGGCCGUCCUGGCGCUGAUUGUUACGUCCGUGGUGCUGCUCACGCCCCCCGACGAGGGGCCCAGGGUCAAGGGCCGCCGGCUCCGCAUACAGGACCUGCUCAGCGACGAACUGGUGCCUGUUAGGUGGAAUGGGACCUGGAUUUCUGGUGACGAGUUUGUGUACCGCGACGCGUGGGGCGGCAUCAGCCUCAUGUUCGCUGCGAACCAGUCCUCCAAGACCCUCAUGCCCAAUACCACUUACAGAGUACUGGAGCCGGCGUCGUUCUCGGUGUCCGCUGACCGGCGCUUUCUGCUGCUGGCGCAGAGCCUGCGGCGGCUGCACACGCACUCCUACCUCGCACGUUACACCGUCUAUGACAUACUAACCACCGAGUCGUAUCCCCUAACGCCGCUGCCGGACGAGGUGGGCGGUGGCGUGGUGACCGAGGGCCCGGCGCUGCUGCUGGCCGCGUGGACGCCCAAGGGCCACGGGCUCAUCACAGUGAAGGACUGUGACAUCUACUACCGGCCCGCGCCGCGUUCUUCAACCGGCUACCGCGUCACCGACACCGGCAAGCCUGGGACCAUUUAUAAUGGCGUGCCGGAUUGGUUGUAUGAAGAGGAGAUUCUAAAAACGCGGUCAGCGCUGUGGAUGUCCGCCGACGGCCACAUGGUGUUGUACGCCACCUUCAACGACACGCUCGUGCUCGAACAGAAGUUCCCGUGGUAUGGGCCCUCGCUGGACACUGAUGACCCGGCGAAGACAUACCCGGAGAUCAGAAGCAUAAGGUACCCGAAGCCUGGCACGAUGAACCCCACGGUGCGACUAACAGUAGCCGAUAUUGCAGACCCGAAGCACAUACGCACCAGGCACUUAACACCGCCGAAGAGUAUACUUGAAGAGGGCGACUACUACUUCACAAGCGCGCAAUGGGUCUCCCUCACAGAAGUGUGCGUGGUAUGGCUCACGCGCACGCAGAACCUCUCCGUCGUGUCCGUCUGCAAGAGCCCCAUGUGGUACUGCCAAGAGGUGUACAGGAUAACAUCAGGCUCGGACAGCUGGGUGGAGUCUGCGCCGGCGCCGCUCUGGUCGGCCGGCGGCGGGGCGCUCGUGACGCUGGCCCCCAUCCGGGACGGCCCCGCCGGCCUGUUCCGACACAUCGUCCGGGCCGAGCACAACGCUCACGGGCCGAGGGCGUUGCCGCUCACUCACGGCAGCUUCGAUGUCGUCAAGCUGUUGGCUUGGGACCAUGCUAAUCAACACAUAUACUAUCUGGGUAUACCAGAAGGUAAGCCGGGCCAGCAGCACCUGUACAUGGUGUCGUCAGAAGCGCCCCGGCCCGGCUCACCGCAAAAGCUGCCUUACUGCGUCACGUGUAACACACAGCCUUCCCCUUCAAUCAACCUAGAGUACUAUGGCAACCUGGCAUCCUCGGGCGACAGCUGGGACAACGAGUGGGACGAGGACCUGCCGGCCACCUCGCCGUCGCCCAACGCCAGGAAAAAGAAGAAAAAAAGACCUGAACACAUCCUACAAAACCUGCCGUGCCUGUACCACGAGGCGCACUUCAGCCCGUCGUCGGCGUACUUCGUGCUGGAGUGCCUGGGCCCCGGCGUGCCCACCACUAGCCUGUACCGCACGCUGCUCCCCGAGCCCAGGAUUCUGGUGCACUUGGAGAACAAUACUGAUGUCAAGGAGCGGCUAUCAUCAAUAGCUAUCCCGACGCCGCGCACGUUCUCAGUGCAGCUGUCGAGCGGGCACACGGCGCGGGUUCAGCUGCUGCUGCCGCCCGGGCUCCGGGAAGACGAGGUCACCAAGUACCCGCUCGUCAUGAAAGUGCACGGAGCGCCAGGCACCCAGCUGGUGACGGAGCGCUGGACGCUGGGCUGGGGCUCGCUGGCGGCGGGCGCGGGCGCCGUGCUGGCGGCCGUGGACGCGCGCGGCGCCGGCGGCCGGGGGCUCGGCGCGCACCACGCGCUGCACCGCCGGCUCGGCACCGUCGAGCUGCAGGACCAGCUCGAGGUGGCGGAGUACCUCCGUGACUCGCUGCACUUCAUCGACUCGCGUCGCGUGGCGGUGUGGGGGCGCGCGCACGGCGGGUUCCUGGCGGCGCUGGCGCUGGCCAGCCCGCUGGACGUGUUCCACUGCGGCAUCGCCAUCACGCCUAUCGUGCGCUGGAGAUACUAUGCAUCUGCUUACGCGGAGCGCUACAUGGGCUUGCCCAACGCGACGGGCAACUACCGCGGCUACGCCGACGCUGACGUGACGAAGCAGGCCGCGGCGCUGCACGACAAGAUGCUGCUGCUGGUGCACGGCACGGCCGACGACAACGUGCACGUGCAGCAAACCAUGGCGCUGGCGCGGUCGCUGGCCGAGCAGGGCAGCAUGUUCAGACAGCAGAUCUACCCAGACGAGGGACACAGCUUGUCCGGCGUGAGGCGGCACCUGUACCGCACCAUGUCAGCGUUCCUCGAUGACUGCUUUCGCAAGCAGGUGCCGCCCGAGACCAAGGCGGGGCUGCGUAACGGCGGCAACCUCGACUGAGACACGUGGCGGGACGAAGAGUUCUACUCGCGGUAAUGAACGGAGUCGUCGGCACAUUGCAACCUUAUCCUAUUAACCUGUAGUACAACAAUUCCAUAUCCUGAUCCCAACAUGUCUACUGCCAAAGAGUGGACAGCUCUAAACUCAUAAUCAUGUAUGUGAUAAUACAUUAGUAUUAAAUACAUUUUUAUCAUGUUAUAAACUCUGUCAAUGAUGUGCGACAGCUCUAAUAUUAGACAGUGGACUAUCGUGAUUUGACUAUGAUUUUAUUUUGAGUUAAAAAGUGUGCAGCCUGUGGCUGAUGCGUCAAGAAUCGUGACACGUUCAAUUCGGUUGUGUGCUCGGGUAAUGCAUUAGUGUGAGUGUUCGGCGGACCAGCGAUUGGUCGAAGCACAAUGCCUCCUCAUUGAUAGAGGGUGAUCGUAAAUAAAUUGUUUUGAUGCAAUUAAAAAAUUUCCCAUUACUUAUAUAAUUUUAUUCAGGAAAAAAUAUUAUAAAUUUUCUUGAAAUGAAAUUUCAAAAUAUUCUUUUGCUUGUAAUAUAUUCGCAAACUUUCUAACGGCUCUUUAAUUAUCUUGAACAUUUCUGCGAACAACUUUUCCUACAAUAUUCGUUUAAAUAAGAAACAUCAUAGUUUUUUUUUAAAUUCUUGUUAGUAAUAUUGGUGUGAUCUGUUUUUAUUCAAACAUCCAGUUUUCAAAAAUGUUCAGGAUAUUAAAGUCCCAAAUUAGAUAUCCCAAAGAGAGGUCUAAUGCAAUUCAACUAGUGACAACAUAAAGGAAUUGAUAAUAGUUCUUUAGUUAAUGAGUUUUGUGAUCCUAGUAGUUAGUUCAUAUUAUAGGGCUUACUCAUCGUCAUGUCUGCUCGAGAAAGCUCCGUUUAUGACUUUUGAAACACCUUUUUGCUGGAGAAACUCACAUAAACUUGUUGAAAAGUGAUGACUUUCAUUGAGGUUUCCGUGGAUCCAUAAAGGGUUAAAUAUUAUACGGCUACAACUUCAUAGCCAUCUUAAAUUUUCUAUAACAGAAUACAAAUAUAGUUUUAAAUAAAAAAUAUACUUAGCUUAGCUACGUAUGUGUUUUGAAAGCAAGUUAUGUUUUUAUUCAGCAAAAGGUUGUUGACAAACUUAAAGCUGUAUUUGUAAUACAAAAUGUACUAUAAUAAAACAAAAUAUUCGCCACACGUAACUUCGGAAGUUAGCGUUAUAGGAAAAAGGUAAAGUGUAAUUUCUAAAUGACAAAUAAAUGUACAGUAUUAGAUAUUAAUAAUCAUUCACUAUUACGCACGUUUCAGGGAGUGGUAUUUGGGUCAAAAACUUGUUUAGUGAGUUAAGGUUACGCGUCUUUUCUGUGGACAUUAUAAAAUAAAUGGACUAUUAACAGUAUAAUUUUCUUACUUUAUCCUUAUAGACAUAUUACAACCUUCUACUUCUUACAAGUUGUACUAUAGUCUCACAAAAAUGUAUCGAAAUCGUUAACUCUUGCAAUGUCCUCAGAAACGACGUGUUUCGGGUGUUUCCGAAUGUUUUCGACCCACUUUUCGUCCAAGUUAACGACCUUUUAUAUCGCUGUACCCACGUCUGUUUUACACCUUCUCACUUAACCAAAGGCAGCAUAAUUAUUGACGUUUCGUGAAGCUAUUGGAACCCAUGAGUUAGGUAUGUAAGUAUGUUUUGAGACAGUUUUAUUAACUACUGCAAGUUAACUGCUAAAUUAAGACUCAAACCUCGACCAGCACAGGUCUCAAAUAGCCUGUCUAGCCGCUAUUGUAAGGUACCACUUUGUAAGACGUGCGUUUUUACAUACUUAUAUUUGAACUUAAACAAAAAAUUGCUCAUUCUCAUGUUUCAAGUUUGCAUGCCCUAGUCACUUUGAUAAAGAUUAGUAUUUUAAAGAAAUUUUAUUAAAGACCAAUAGUUAAAUUAACAAUUUUAAAUAUAUAUCUAGUAAAAAGAGAGUAUUGAUUAGUAAACUUUGUGCAUUAAUACUUUUAGAAUGGUUUAAAAUUGUAAACUUAAAAAUAGUAGCAAUAAUGGAAUAGUGAAAUUACCUCUUAAAUUAAGUACUUAAGCACUUUUCUGAUAUCGCACCCUCAUCAAACAUGGAUAAAUUGUCAUAUUAAUAAUAUAACGGCGUUUCUGUAAGUUUUAAACUAAUAUAAGUAGUGUCGGUGAAGUUAAUCGGAAAAUUUUUAUAAACUCGUUUUGAUGAGUGCCCAUCACAAUCCUAAAUAACAAUCUAGUGUUCAAUUAUGCAAAAUGUUAAUCAUAAACUAUACUCUGGCAAACCAACUUUGUCAGUAGAAUAAGGCGCCAAUUUCAAAUUUGUAUGGGAGAUCUAUCUUUCGCGCCUACGUUUUUAAUUUGCUGCCUUUUUCUACUACCAGAGUAUAUACAUUUUGCAGCACAACACAAUUGCGAGCGAUGAAUUUUUUUAGAAACGAGUUUGUCAAAGUUGUCCUCGUUCCGACUUAAAGUUAGUCGCAAAUUACAGGAGACGAUAAAAUUCCAGCACGCUCAGGACUACACAAGUACCUACAUAAUUUUGUGAUUAGCUUAAAAAUUCCUUAAACCUUCGAUAAAUGUUAUCCAGUUCAAUAUUAUGAGGAAGAGAGCAUGUCGUUUUCCUGAAGGCUUUUAUUGAAAGAUUAAUACAUUGGUAUUACUUUUUCCUGUAAUUUGUCGUGAACCAUGUUCGAUACUGGCUGCUCCUGGCUCUCAUAAUAAAGAAAACAAGGAAAACAUAUAAAAUAUAAAAUGUCUAACCCUUGCUUCGUGAACAACACUACAAUAUAGGCAAGUCAUGACAAAGUAUACUUUAAAAUGAGCUGGUCUAAAAAUAAGACGUAGUUUAUCAAAAAGGAUGCUCUUAAAUUAAUGACUGUUCCUUCUGGCAGAAAGUUUAAAUCUUAUUGACAGAUUUUCGAAGAAUGAAUCCUUUUUUUUUCACGUCCUAAAGAGUUAUCUCAAUGAGUAGGGGUUGGUUGACUGUGAAAAGAAAUGUAGGUACAGUUGGCAAAGCAUUUGAGUCAGAGUAGCCAGCGCAGCAAAAGUGUACGGAAAAGAUAAAACAAAGACCUAAAGUGCCAAAUACGUCGUUAUUCUUGUUGUGUAAGUAUCUUAUAAGACAGAGUUUGAUUAUACUUAUUAAAACGCUGGGUUGUAAAGAUUGCGUAACGAUGAUAUGACAAACUUAUUACGUCACGUAUUAGUAAAAUCAUAUUACUUGAUGAAUUUUCUGUUCGUGAUUUUGUGAAUGGUCUAGAUUAUUUAUCUAUAAUAGAAGUUCUUGGCAUAUAAAAACAACCCCUAUGUCUUGUAACUUAAGACGUAAGAUCGCAAUUUCAUUAGGGACUCAAUAUUUGCUUACUCUUUUUAGAUUACGAUCAAGAUACGCACAGAUUGUGAAAUUUUGCCUUAUUGGUGUUGGUUGUUCUCCUUUGUUCAUCGAUUUGGUAGGAAGUCAGGGCCUUUGGGUGGCUAUGUAGCAUUACCAUGGCUACCUUACUUCCAUGCGUUGUAAAAUGUGUAAGAGAAACGCAUUUUACUACGGGUUUCGUAAGAAGGCCCGAAGAAGGCCCUUGGACUAUGUAUGUUUGAGUGUUGGAUACAUUGUUUUUUGCCCAAAAAGGACGCAGAUUAUUUAUGCCGAUGUGGAGAAUGCCCUCGGUAGUAAUUUUCAUCAUACUGCUACGUAUGGGUGGCUACGCGGCGCGGCGUAGCGCUGGAUAACACCAAAAUCUUUGUUUUUUAUGAAAUUAGUGUUUUUGUUUUGUUUUUGUAUUGAUGUCACGUAAAAUUUUAACGUAUACAGAAACGUUUGAAAACGGUAACUUUUUUAUUGUGUCAAACUAAGUAUUAUAUACAGAAUGAUACAUUAUAUUGUGGAAUGUGGAAUCUCUAAUUAUUUACUUACUGAACCAUUUAAUAACUUUGUGAUUUGUAAUUUUGGUCCAAUCAUUAAUUAAAUAGUAUUAAAUUAGCUCUCAUUCUAUUUCUAAGAGUUACUAAUUCAAACUAUACCUCUGAAGCGACAAAAUAUUUAUAUUUUAUUCAAGUAGCAAUACACACUGGGUCUUAAAUAAAGUAGUCAAGUAAAAGCUAAACUUUAUACCGCAAAAAGUAAGAACGACGGCAAUAGGCACUUUGCUUAUUUUUACGGUUUCUCAUCACAAUGUUAUGAGAGAAAAUAUUACUAAUUUCACGAAGCUGAAAACGUGGACUGGCUUAACUCUUUAAAAAUUAACAAUUCAGGGCUUUCGCGUCUUCGUUGAACUGGUAAGUUCAUAUAUUCCAUACAUUCAUUUGAACUAUGCGAAUUUGGAAUAAAAUGGAAAAUAACUGAAUACCUAAAUGUGUCCAAGCUAACUGCAGCGCAUUUGAUAGCACAGACUGUGGAAGUGUUAUUUUUAACGUCAUAAUUUUAUAGACAUUUGAUUUUAUAACUAAAUUCCCUACAGAGUUUAAUCUUGGUUUAACUCUAUGUUAAUAUACUUAUCGAAUCGAUCGAUAUUUUCGUGUUUAGUUAAGCCAGUUUACAUUUCCGAUUCGUCUAGGGGUAUAAUAAAUAUUUAGAUACUUAUACAUGGUAGGUAUUUACGUAAAUAAGGUAGGUAUACCUACCAGGAGGAGGAGCUAAAUAUUUAGUUUAUCACAUUUUAAUUACCUAACUACCUUAUUAUAAGCCCUACAAUACUCUUAUAAGUAAAGUUUGUUUUCCAUUUAAACGAUCAACAGAAAAACAAUCAUAGCUGUCUGUUUUUUUUUCAUGUGUAUAAAAAUUAAGUUAAUAGUGAAUACUGUUUUAAACUAUAGCAUUUUUAAUCGUUCAUAUUAUUAUUCAUUACAAACACUACAAACUGUAUUUUCGCAGUAGGUAUAGAGCGUAUGAAACUUAAUAAAGUCUUAUGUUAACAACAUCCCCAUUUCCUGAAAAAUUAAGAAUUUGUUUAUACGUUACAUAGGCUAGUUUAGUUUCCAGUAGCGUAAGGUAAGGCUUGUUGUUUUAGAGUUUAUAAUUAACUAUUGUUAUUUCCUCUGUAAUUAUCGUUAGGUAUGUCAACAACGUUCGGCGUGCAGCCCUCCGGUCUUCAUUUUGUCAAUUUAAACGCUAUCGACAUCGAAAUGAGAAAAAUACAGCAAACGCGGAUAUUUUAGACAAUACGCAUAAACCAAACUGAGCGCUAACAUUAACAGCGGUUUUGAAACGUCUUCUAAGGGCCCUCGAAAUAAUUAUGAACCAGAUAAAUUAUUCUUUACUCUAAAAACUUCUGGGUAAAAUUCAUCUUAUUGAAACGAAAUGCUCCAAUCUUUACUAACCGAAUACUGAAUAAACUUUUGAGUGGGUACCUACUUAAAGAUACCUUUUAUUUGAAGAAGGCAUGGCAUUACUCAAGGCUAGAAGACUUAUUGUUAUAUGAUACUAGGAAUAUUGGCUUAAAACUAUGUGCCUUCUUAAUCAGUUUUAAUCUUCAUAAGUUCGUAUCCUACCGGCUGCGCCAUGUAGUAUUUUGAAUAAAACAGUUAAUUGCACUUAUUAUUGUGUUUAUUUUGAAUGAAUGGAACUUUUUAAUAGUUUAAUAAUAGUUAUUUACGAUAUAAGUGCGGAAAAGAGGAAAUUCGAAACGAGUGCGAGUGGCGAUAAAUUAAAACACGACCGCAGGAGAGAUUACGUAUUCGCACGUGUAUCGUACAACGUUUUACAGUACAUAUGGCCCUUUAAACCUUCGACAUAUGCACGAAAAAUGCUCUUUACGCACUAGUGCGAGAAAGUCAUUACACACGAGGCGAUAUUGUGCGCGCGAGCUGUAAGCGAGCGCGCAAUAAGAAAGCCGAUGUGUGUAAUGACCAAUGCACACGUGUUUCAUACGACUUUUUUCAACACACUUGCGAGAAAAAAAAGAAACUUUCAUAUUAAUCAAAUUUUAAUAUUUAAAAUAGUAUUGUGUGUUUCAUCUGUCAUACUCGUACUGCCGGCCGGCCCUCGCUUGCCCCGGCCGCGGGCGGCGCGGCGGGCGGGCCGGCCGGGCCGCGCACUGCGCAGGCGCGGUGCGCGCCAGUCCGAGCAAUUAAAGAAGGCUCCCUUUCCAUGCAUAUUAUUAGUAAUCAGUUAGCUUCUUAACUCAGUCGGAUAAUAUAAUGAAAAAGCACGAGUGGAAUAAUACACUGAAAGAGCACGCGUGUUAAAUAUCUAGUAUUAUGAGCCAAAAAUCGGUGGAAUAAAAACGUCGUUUUGAGCAAGUGUGUUGAUAAGUAGUAAUGUACACAUUUAUGUAGUACCUUCGGAGAUAGGCAAGAGAAGGCUAUCAAAUAAAAAGAUAAAUAUUUUUAGGAGUGCGUCACUCCGCUACAGUAUCUACUUUUAUGUUUCUAAAAUUAUUUAAAACGUUAAAAUACACGAUACAAUCAGUGAGAUCAGAGUUACGUAAGUAUAAUAAAUUCUAUAAGUUCAUUAAGAUUCACUUAUGGAAUAAAGCACUUUAGAGUUAAUUGUGAGGGACAGUAUUUGUAUAGGCCGAACAAUAACAGAGCAAUGGAGUUCUAAAUAAAUGUACCGGUUAAGUAAACUUGACACGGUCAAACUUAAACUUGAUGACUGAACGAAUUAUAUCAUGGCCUGUAGGAAUAUCGGAGUCUAAAGACAAUCCGCAACUUUGUUAAUAUUUUCCAAGGUAUUAAUUUGCAUGAAACGCGUUUUAAAUUAAUAAAUAAUAAUAAACAAAAAACUGUAAACAAAAAAAUAAUUAUAUACCUAAAGGGCUGCACGUUGGACUGUACUAAGUACCUACUUAUAAUUAAAGUAUUGCCUUCAUGCUGUUAUUGCUACAAAUUUUAUUUACUGUUAAAUAUCGUACUUCAAUCACUCGGUCGAAACUAUUAUACCUACUGUAUUAUGAAAUCAAUAAAUAGAUAUCAUA